AUGGGGCGAAAGGAGGAGGAGGACGACGACGACUGUGGUUCCUGGAAGAAACAGACCACCAAUAUCAGGAAAACCUUCAUCUUCAUGGAAGUGCUGGGGUCAGGAGCUUUCUCAGAAGUGUUCCUGGUGAAGCAAAGAGUGACUGGGAAACUCUUUGCCCUGAAGUGCAUCAAGAAGUCACCAGCCUUCCGGGACAGUAGCCUAGAGAAUGAGAUUGCUGUAUUGAAAAGGAUCAAGCAUGAAAACAUAGUGACCCUGGAGGACAUCUACGAGAGCACCACCCACUACUACCUGGUCAUGCAGCUUGUUUCUGGGGGUGAGCUUUUUGACCGGAUCCUGGAGCGUGGUGUCUACACAGAGAAAGACGCCAGCCUGGUCAUCCAGCAGGUCUUGUCGGCAGUGAAAUACCUCCAUGAGAAUGGCAUCGUCCACAGAGAUCUAAAGCCUGAGAACCUGCUGUACCUCACCCCUGAGGAGAACUCCAAGAUCAUGAUUACUGACUUCGGUCUGUCCAAGAUGGAGCAGAAUGGAGUCAUGUCCACGGCCUGUGGGACCCCAGGCUAUGUGGCUCCAGAAGUGCUGGCCCAGAAGCCCUACAGUAAGGCUGUGGACUGCUGGUCCAUCGGUGUCAUCACGUACAUAUUGCUGUGUGGGUAUCCCCCUUUCUAUGAGGAAACAGAGUCAAAGCUUUUUGAGAAGAUCAAAGAGGGCUACUACGAGUUUGAGUCUCCCUUCUGGGAUGACAUUUCUGAGUCAGCCAAGGACUUUAUUUGCCAUCUGCUGGAGAAGGACCCAAAUGAACGGUACACCUGCGAGAAGGCCUUAAGACACCCCUGGAUUGAUGGGAACACGGCCCUGCACCGGGACAUCUACCCAUCUGUCAGCCUCCAGAUUCAGAAGAACUUCGCCAAGAGCAAGUGGAGGCAAGCCUUCAACGCGGCCGCAGUGGUGCACCACAUGAGGAAACUGCAUAUGAACCUGCACAGCCCCAGUGUCCGCCCAGAGGUGGAGAACAGGCCACCUGUGUCCCCAGCUCCUGAUGUCUCCAGACCAAGCUCCCACGACAGUACCAUCACAGAAGCCCCCGUCCUAGACCCAAGCACACCCCUUCCUGCACUGACCCGACUGCCCUGCCCGCUCAGCUCCCGGCCUUCAGCUCCCGGAGGCCGCUCUCUCAACUGCCUGGUCAAUGGCUCUCUGCGCAUCAGCAGUAGCCUAGUGCCCAUGCAACAGGGCCCCCUGGCCACUGGGCCCUGUGGCUGCUGCUCCAGCUGUCUAAAUAUCGGGAACAAGGGAAAGUCCUCCUACUGCUCGGAGCCCACCCUCUUCAGAAAGGCCAACAAAAAACAGAACUUCAAGUCGGAGGUCAUGGUACCAGUGAAAGCCAGUGGCAGCUCCCACUGUCGGGCUGGGCAAACGGGGGUGUGUCUCAUUAUGUGA